CAAGAUGAUCUACAGGCACAAGUAUGGACCUGAAGGGGAGCUGACCCGCUACAAGUCUAGGCUUGUGGCAAGGGGGUUUCAGCAGACAAAGGGGAAGGACUAUGAUGAGGUGUUUGCUCCUGUGGGGAAAGGAACAACACUGAGGGUGCUGUUGGCGAUAGCUGCACUCCUGGGAUGGAAGAUUCGGCAGAUGGACAUUCGCAGAGCAGAUGCUAGAGAUGCAGUUCAAGUGCUCCAAGAUGGGUGAGGUGAAGUACUACAUGGGGAUGCAUGUGGAGAGAGAUGUGGAAAAGGGUGUGCUGAGGUUGCACCAGAGGAAGCACUGUGAGGGGCUGGCUGAGAAGUAUGGGCUGCAAGAUGGGGGAAAGCCACCAACACCACU